AUAUUGGCCGAGCCUUUGCUGGUUCGAUCAUGGUUAAAUACCGUGCUCCGGUCGCGUCGAACCCCGGAUCAGAUUCACGCUGUCCCUGCACUCUCAGUUGAGCUCCGACACCAUGGACGGCAAACCAGUUUACAAUGACGAGUCGGCGGUUGAGCCCGAGAAGAGGGAUGCCGCCGGUCUACCUCAAGAAAAGGGUGAUGGACCUCACGACGUCAAGAUUGGUGACGAUCAAGAAUUCUACAAGUUACCGUUCUGGACACGAAUGGGAUGUACCGUAGAUUCAUUCAAGCGCAGAAGUCGUACCGACAAACACAACCAGCUCAACCAGACCCUACGCUCUCGCCACAUGCACAUGAUUGCCAUUGGUGGCUCAAUUGGCGCUGGCCUUUUUGUCGGUACUGGUUCAGCUCUCCGAAGGGGUGGUCCAGCGUCACUCCUCCUCGACUAUGGCAUUAUCGGUAUCAUGAUCUUCAACGUUGUGUUUGCCUUGGGUGAACUUUGUAUCAUGUAUCCUAUCUCUGGCGGUUUCUAUACCUACUCGACUCGAUUCAUUGAUCCCGCAUGGGGUUUUGCUAUGGGUUGGAACUAUGUCUUUCAGUGGGCGAUCGUCUUACCUCUGGAAAUAACAGUGGCCUCAUUCACGAUAUAUUUCUGGACUUCAGACGUUCACGUCGCCGUGUGGAUAACCAUGUUCUUGCUAGUCAUUAUUUUUGUCAAUGUUUUUGGCGUCCUGGGAUAUGGUGAGGAAGAAUUCUGGUCCAGUGCCCUGAAGCUGUCCGCGAUUGUGAUUUUCAUGAUCAUUGGCCUCGUCCUGGUCUGUGGUGGAGGGCCAAGUAACGGCAUCUACGACAAAUACUGGGGCGCUCGACUCUGGUAUGACCCUGGCGCCUUCCAGAAUGGGUUCAAGGGUUUCUGCUCGGUCUUCGUCACCGCCGCCUUUGCAUUCUCCGGAACCGAACUCGUCGGUUUGGCUGCAGCUGAGUCUAGGACACCACUGAAGUCGUUGCCUUCCGCGGUCAAGCAAGUGUUUUGGCGGAUCACCUUGUUCUACAUCCUGGCGUUACUUUUCGUUGGCCUGCUUGUCAGCUCCGAAGACGAACGCCUCCUUGGUGCCAACCCUUACAUCGACGCACAAGCCUCGCCGUUUGUGCUUGCCGCCCAAGACGCUGGGCUGAUCGGGUUCGACUCUUUCAUGAACGUUGUCAUUUUGGUGUCCGUCAUCUCCAUCGGCAACAGCGGUGUCUACGGUGGCAGCCGCACACUGACUGCGCUCGCCGAACAAGGCUACGCUCCCAAGAUCUUCAGCUACGUGGACCGCGCCGGCCGCCCGCUCAUUUCCACCAUCACCAUCAUCGCAUUUGGUGGCCUGGCCUACCUCGGUGUCGCAAAGUCUGGCGUUGAGAUUUUCGACUGGCUCCAGGCCUUGUCUGGCCUCGCGGCCUUGUUCACCUGGGGUUCCAUCUGUCUGGCACAUGUCCGCUUCCGAAACGCGUGGCGUCACCAAGGCCGCUCCCUCGACGACAUCCCCUUCAAGGCCAUCGGCGGUGUCUACGGAUCAUACAUCGGUGUCGGCCUUAUCGUGUUGGUGUUGAUCGCCCAGUUUUACGUUGCAAUCUGGCCCCCCGGAGGUGGUGUCAACGACGCCGAGGGCUUCUUCAAGGCUUACCUUGCCCUGCCGGUCGUCAUGUUUUUCUGGGCUUGUGGAUACUUUUGGAAGCGCGAAGGUUGGUUGAAACUCGAUCAGAUUGAUCUGGAUUCGGGACGACGAGAGAUUGAUUGGGAAGCUCACCGUAAGGAACAAGAGAAGAGAAGGAAUGCCAGUCUGCCCAUGAGGAUCAUCUACUUCAUGUUUUAGAAAUUCAGGGAAUCAACCUUGUCCAAGGUUGGGAUGUGUCCGUGGAAGAAGUCUUGAAAACAGAAGAAUUGUACAAGGAAUGUUGUCCAUAGAGAUUAGGUAGUGGUUCUACUUACAUAUUUUUGAGGCAGAAUUCC